CAACGCGUUGCAUUAUGGGAUAUGUGGAGAUUCUUCCAUAGUAACGCUGUCGCUUCUUGGCGAAUGAAAAAUAUUUAUGAAGAAAAAAAAAACUGUAAAAACCUUAUUUACUAGAUAGAACUACAAGCUUCAUUUACAACGGUGCUGUUUAACAUUCAGGCAAAUCAUGCAGGUGGAGGACGCCCGCUAUUUAAAGAGAAAAGUGAAAGGAGGAAAUGUUGAUGUUCAUCCAACUGAGAAGGCACUUGUUGUUCAUUAUGAAGUGGAAGCCACUAUUCUAGGGGAGACUGGGGACCCAAUGCUUGGUGAACGCAAAGAAAGUCAGAAAAUUAUCCGUCUUAAGAGUUUAAAUGCCAAUACUGAUAUUGCAUCUCUAGCAAGAAAAGUUGUGGAAGAAUGCAAGCUAAUUCAUCCGUCAAAACUACCUGAAGUGGAACAGCUGUUAUUUUACCUACAGAACAGAAGAGACAUGAUUCAUGGGAGAGAAAAGAAAGAAAAAAAAUUGAGUAAACCAAAGGAUCCACCUCCUUUUGAAGGCAUGGAGAUUGAUGAAAUUGCCAACAUAAAUGACAUGGACAACUACAUAGAUUUGCUAUAUGAGGACAAUGCAGAUAAAGUAAGAGGUUCUGCUCUUAUCCUUCAGCUUGCCCGAAACCCUGACAACCUUGAGGAAUUGCUGCAGAAUGAAACUGCCUUAGGGGCCCUGGCAAGAGUCCUUAGAGAGGAUUGGAAACAAAGUGUGGAUCUUGCUACCAAUAUUAUCUACAUUUUUUUCUGCUUUUCAAGCUUUUCACAAUUCCAUGGACUGAUCACUCAUUACAAAAUUGGUGCCCUGUGCAUGAACAUCAUUGAUCAUGAACUUAAGAGGCAUGACUUGUGGCAGGAUGAAUUGCUCAAGAAAAAGAAGGCUAUUGAAGAUGAUCCGGAUAAUCAAAGUAUAAAGAAAGACUAUGAGAAAACAUACAAGAAAUAUCAAGGGCUUGUCGUAAAGCAAGAACAGUUAUUAAGAGUUGCCCUGUACUUGCUAUUGAACUUGGCUGAAGAUACUCGAACAGAACUGAAAAUGAGGAAUAAAAACAUUGUUCACAUGUUGGUUAAAACACUGGACAGAAAUAAUUUUGAACUCCUUAUUCUUGUUGUGUCAUUCUUAAAGAAGCUCAGCAUCUUCAUGGAGAACAAAAAUGAUAUGGCUGAAAUGGAUAUUAUUGAGAAAUUGGCUAAACUGAUUCCAUGUGACCAUGAAGACCUGCUGAAUAUCACUCUGCGUCUUCUACUCAAUCUGUCCUUUGAUACCAACCUUAGGAACAAGAUGGUGCAAGUGGGACUGCUGCCAAAACUAACUGCACUUAUAGGGAAUGAAAAUCAUAAGCAGAUAGCAAUGUGCAUUCUCUAUCAUAUCAGCAUAGAUGAUCGAUUUAAGUCCAUGUUUGCAUACACUGAUUGCAUUCCCCAGUUGAUGAAGAUGCUAUUUGAGUGUGCAGAAGAGCGAAUGGAUCUAGAACUAAUUUCAUUUUGUAUUAAUCUAGCUGCCAACAAAAGAAACGCUCAGCUGAUCUGUGAAGGUAAUGGAUUGAAGAUGCUUAUGAAAAAAGCACUAAAAUUUAAGGAUCCUCUUUUGAUGAAAAUGAUAAGAAACAUUUCUCAGCAUGACGGUCCAACUAAACAUCUAUUUACUGAUUAUGUUGGAGAUCUGGCUGCUCAAAUUGGAAAUGAUGAAGAUGAAGAGUUUUUAAUAGAGUGCCUGGGGACAUUAGCUAACCUCACAAUUUCUGAAAUGAAUUGGGAACUUGUAUUGAAAAAAUAUAAUCUUGUUCCAUACCUUAAAGAUCGUCUCAGGCCAGGUGCCGCAGAAGAUGACCUUGUUUUAGAGGUGGUAAUAAUGAUUGGAACUGUGUCAAUGGAUCCAUCCUGUGCUACAAUGCUUGCUAAGUCUGGUAUAAUUCCAGCUCUUAUUGAAUUACUAAAUGCGCAACAAGAGGAUGAUGAGUUUGUUUGUCAGAUUGUCUAUGUUUUCUACCAAAUGGUGUUUCAUCAAGAAACUAGAGAUGUGAUCAUUAAAGAAACCCAAGCCCCAGCUUACCUCAUUGAUUUGAUGCAUGAUAAGAAUUCUGAAAUUAGAAAAGUUUGUGACAACACCUUGGACAUCAUUGCGGAGUAUGAUGAGGAGUGGGCAAAGAAGAUACAAAGUGAGAAAUUUCGCUGGCACAACUCGCAAUGGCUGGAAAUGGUGGAGAACCGACAGAUGGAUGAGAAUGAGUGUCUUAUAUAUGGUGAGGAUGGCAUUGAGCCAUAUAUACACGAAGGAGAUAUACUUGAACGGCCUGACCUUUUCUAUAAUGCUGAUGCAAUGAUCCCAUCUGAUGGAGCCAUUAGUCCAGACUUUUUCAGUGAAUUCCGCGUACAGAAUGGAGAUAUUCUGGGGCAACAUCCCUUUGUUGGAAGCAUUGGAAUGGAUGGCUUUGGGCAGCCAGCUGGAGUUCCUCAACGACCUACUACAGCAUAUGGCUACAGACCAGAUGAGCCUUUUUACUAUGGAUUUGGUGAUAGAUAAUCACAUGGCUUAAGAAUUUUGGCAACAUUUACAAUAACAUUUGACACAUCACAACUUGGACCUUAAAUCAUAUGUCAAACAUUUUGUUACCUUUCUGUGUGAGGUUAUAAUAUGUGAUUUUUUUUUUUAUUUAUACACAGUCAUUUAAUAAUUAGGAGAAUUUUAAAUUAUUUUAUUUAUUAUGUGUUUCUUUUGAAUGGAAUGGAAGUGCUCAGAAUAUUUAGAUUCUUUUUGUUGCCAGAAUGCAUUAGAAUGCAGCAUCUCCAGCUAAGUAGUUCAUACCAUACAAAAUAAUGCUUAUGAUGUCAGGGCAGACUUGGCUCCAAAUGCAAAUAAACCUAGGGACUUGUUUUAUUCAUGGAAUAACCGCAUCUACAAACAUGAGACAGUAUUGCAUGUUUUACCCAAUGUGUAGGUUAUUACACUGUACUGUACUUUUGCAAGUCUUUUUUCAUCUUAUUAAUAUUCUAGAUGACAUUUAUGGAUAUUGGACUGUGGUCUGUUCUUUUUAGAAAUAAAGUAUAUAUGUAGUUUGAUCACAGAGCACCCAUAUGAAAUUUUAAUAAUGUUUCAUUUGACAGCUGCAUUUAGAAUUACUGUUAAACAAUAGCAGCAAUGUCUUCUGCACAUUUUGUUAAUUUUACUUUCCUGUAUAUCAAGUUCAACUUAAAUCAGCCUGUGAUGAAAAAUACACAUAAAAGCUAACCAUGUACACUUUUUUUGUUACAGGCUCCAUAUGUCUAUAUUUUUUAAAAGUUUACAGAUGAAUUUUGACUGAAAAUUCUGCAAUGAGGUUCUUUUGAUGUGAACAACUUACUGUAUGUACACUUGAAUUUAUCAAAAUGAAUGUUUGUUGUUGUUAAGUACUGUACUUCUCUGUGGAACAUUUUUGCAACUUAACCAAAUAAACACACUUCCUUAAUUUA